AUGAGGUUAUACACACUUGUUGUUCUUGGAGAUAGUGGUGUUGGCAAGACUGCACUCACAGCUCAGAUCCAUGACCAAAGAAUUGAAGGUUCAUAUAGAAAACAAGUAGUAAUUGAUGAUCAACCCUGUGUACUACAUGUUCUGGAUACUUCAGGACAAGAGGAGUAUACAGCACUUUGGGAUCAAUGGAUCAGAGAUGGAGAAGGUUUUCUUCUAAUAUAUUCUAUAUCAUCACAUUCAACAUUUGAACAAAUAGAAAGGUAUAGAGAUCAAAUAAUAAAAGUAAAAGGCUCUAAUAAAAUCCCAUUUAUACUUGUGGGAAAUAAAUGUGACAAGCAUACAGAACGGGAAGUGUCAAGGGAAGAAGGAAUUAAUAUGGCAAAGAGACUUGGCUGUGAAUUUUUUGAAAGUUCAGCAAAAACAUUUGUAAAUGUAGAAAGAUCAUUUUACAAAGUUGUACAAAUGUUAAGGCAAAAAAUAAAUCUAGAAUCUAUUUCAGAAGAGGAAAAAAGGUUUAAGAAUCAACUUGAAAAAGAAUGCAUUCUAUUUCAUGAUUACAAUUCUUUUCAAAAUAUUGAAUUUAUUGAUGAUGGAUCAUUUGGGACAAUUUCUUGUGCAUCCUCAAAAAAUUCCCAGGGGCUUGUGGCAUUAAAAUCAAUUAAUAUUGACCAAGAAUACACUUUUGAACAACUUAUUAAUGAGGCAAAACAACAUCAUAAAGUGGAACUUCACAGUAAUAUAUUAGGAUUUUAUGGUAUAACAAAAGAAAAGGAACAUAAAACAAAUUACAUGUUUGUAUUAGAAUAUGCAAAUAAUGGUAAUCUAUGUGAUUAUUUAAAAUACAAUUUCAAUAUAAUGGAUUGGAAUAUUAAAUUAAAAUUUGCAAAACAAAUUGUAAGUGCUGUAAGACAUUUGCAUGAAAAUAAAAUAGUACAUAGAGAUCUGCAUUCUAAAAAUAUUCUCAUUCAUGAUGGAAAUAUUAAAAUUUGUGACUUUGGAAUUUCCAAAUCCUUAUUGGAUCCUUCAAUAGAGGCUUCUAAAAGAUUAGGUACAAUAAGAUACUCAGAUCCAGAAUAUUUAAACAAUGCUGAAAAUUAUAGCCGCAAUGAAAAAUCAGAUAUUUAUAGCAUUGGAGUACUUUUAUGGGAAAUUUCAAGUGGUCGUGCCCCAUUUGCAAAUAAGUCAAUCAAGUUCAAAGAUAUAAUACUUGGCAUAAUAUCAGGUGAACGUGAAGCAAUAAUUAAGGGAACUCCAAGAAAAUAUGCAGAAAUAUAUACAGCAUGUUGGCAGGGGAAGCCAGAUCUCCGUCCAAAUAUUCAUCAAGUCAUGCAGGAUUUGGACAAUGUAGAUAUAACUGACAUUAUUGAAGAUAUUGUUAAUUUAACAGAUCAAACUAAUAAUAAAUUACAAAAUGAUGAUUUAUUAAAUUCAAUAGAACUUUCAUUUUCAUCACAAAUUAAUAAUUUAGAAAAACAUUUAAGUGAUAAGAAAAAAA